AUGAUUCGUGGCGAAAUAGUUCAGUGGCACACUGGUCAACAGGAUGCUGACGAUGAUGCGCAUGACAGCGUCGACCUCAGCACCGAGGAGGAAGAAGAGUAUGCACCGCUGAUUGACAGUGUAGAGACAAAGAAGAUACGCCGUUACGUUUCUAAUGUGCGCAGGGAAGACACAAUAACGAUAACAUGGAAUAAUGUAAAUGUAUAUGCACCUAAACCGAAAAAGAGGUUUUGUAAACGGGGAGAUGGUGACCUGGAAUUGUCCAGAUCAACGCAAAUAUUGAAUGAAGUAUCCGGCUACGCGGAUUCCGGGAGCAUAUUGGGAAUUAUUGGAACGAGCGGUGCUGGAAAAUCUACUUUGAUGAACGUCUUAACUUCCCGUAACCGUGGUGAUCUGAUCAUAGAGGGCGAUAUUCAGAUAAAUGGUCGCCCAUUCACGAGCGCCCUCACUGGUCUCAUGGCGUAUGUACAGCAGGAUGAUUUGUUUAUUCCUUCUCUGACUGUCAAAGAACAUCUCCAGUUUCAGGCUUUGCUCAGAAUGGAUGCGGACAUAGCAAAAAAGUCAAGAAUGGAAAGAGUAGAUGACGUUUUAUCACAGAUGGGUCUGCUAGAGUGUUCUAAUCACAUAAUUGGCGACAAGGCUCAAACUAUGGGCAUUUCUGGAGGGCAAGCAAAGAGAUUAUCAGUAGCAGCAGAGAUACUCAGCAUUGUUAUAGGUCUUAUAUUUCUACAACUAGAUUACAACCAAACCAGUAUACAAAAUAUCACCGGAUGUCUGUUUUUUGUCAUGGCGGCUGUUAGUAACGAUUCCUUCUUUCCUGUCGUCCAGCUAGUGCCUAAAGAAUGGCCUAUUGUUCUCCGUGAACAUUUCAACGGGAUGUAUCGAAUUGAUGUCUAUUUCAUUGCGAAAUGGAUGACUGAGCUUCCAAUCUGUAUAGUUUUACCAAUAAUUUAUACAAGUGUGAUUUACUGGAUGGUGGGAUUUAACCCGAUGAUAGAAAGAUAUUUUAUAUGUCUAGGCAUAAUGUUGAUUGUCACCAACACGGGUGUGUCUAUAGGUUACUUGGUAUCUUCAAUUAGCCCUUCGGUUACCAUAGCAACGCAGUUGGGGUCAAUGUUGUUGAUUUUCUUUGUUUUAUUCGGUGGAUUUUUCCUUAGUAUUGAUAUGAUUCCGAACUACUUUAUAUGGUUGAGGUACUUAUCACAUUAUACCUUUGCGUUUGAGGCACUAUGUAUAAACCAGUGGUAUGGCUUUGAAGGCUUAGAGUGUAAUAAUGCUACUCAGCUUGUUGAUAGGUGCAUAACUUCAGGUGAUCAAGUGUUAGAGUUAUAUAGCUUUGUACCAGAUAACUUCAACAUCAACAUAACAAGUCUGUUCCUGUUGAUGAUUGGAUAUAGACUGGUUGCAUUUAUUAUACUUCUACUGAGGUCUCGACGUCAUAAUUAAUUCAGUGCAUGUGGAAUUUUGUCCCAUUACCUUCGAUUGGACUCGUUCGCAGAACGAACGAGACUGGAGUCACUGUGUGUAAAGACCGCGUGGUACUGAAACAUGUAAACCUAUUAUUAAUUCUUAUUUUAAUAAAAACAAAUGACAACUA